UAACCCGCCCCUGCAUAACGAGCUGUCCGGUUCAGCUUGCGUGGUCCACAGUGCCGCUACUCGAGAAACAGACAACCAGGGAGGAAAUAUACCGGCAGGAAGGACUGUCACCGUCUCUAAACUAUCAACAUGAUCAUUAUAAUCGAAGAUAAGGAGGGCUUCGACAAGGCCCUGGAGGAGGCAGGAGAUAAGCUGGUGGUGGUGGACUUCACAGCCACGUGGUGUGGCCCCUGUCAGAGCAUCGCUCCUUUCUUCAAGGGUCUGUCUGAGAAUUAUCAGAGUGUGGUCUUCCUGAAGGUUGACGUGGACGACGCACCGGAUGUGGCCAGUUUCUGUGACAUCAAGUGUAUGCCAACAUUCCACUUCUACAAGAACCAGAAGAAGGUGGAGGAGUUCUCAGGGUCCAAUCAGGCCAAACUGGAGGAGCUGGUCAACACUCACAAAUAAACACACACCCGUCUGUCUCCUCCCUCUCACCUGUCUGAGGACAGUUGUCUCCUCUCCAACUCUCCUCUGUCUCAAUUCACCUGAGGAUGCCCCAAAGCCUUCCACCCCCUCCUCAACAGAUCUGACAGGAUGCCUGAAUGCCUUCCACCCCCUCCUCAACUGAUCUGACAGGACGCCCCAAAGCCUUCCACCCAAUCCUCCCUUUCUCUUCCCCCAAUCUACGUAGAAUAUGCCUUUCACCUUCCUCUGUUUUCCCUUCUCCCUGUCUCCCCCACCCCACCAGUCUCUCUCUCUCCCUCCUUUCUCCCCCCGUCUCCCUCUCUCCCCCCCCCCCGUCUC